AUGUCUUCUGAACCGCUGAAUCGCGGACACGGUGGACACUUGGAGCCCUCCAUGGUCACUUGGGGAGACAGAGCAAUUGUCGUGAACGGCGCAAGGUAUCUAGUGUCCUCUAGCCCAAAGGCCGGCCCAACCUUCAACAACAGAAAUAGACAUCUCGUGACAGUGAUUGAACAACAACCGGGUCAUGCUAUCACCGUGGAAUCCAUCACAGACAUAAUAGCAGAGUACAAGGAAAUUGACGAUGUCUGGCAAGCUGCGUUCUUGUCUGGCGUCAUCUUCCUCGUCGACCACACUACCGCCUCCGACGUUGACAUCAAAGUGCAGAACUACCUCAAGAGCUUGGGCAAUAGCUGGAUCGACACCCUUCCCGUGGAUACAAUCUCGUCCGAUAUCCAGCCGGGCCCUUACAUCAUCCUAGAAGGCAAGCUCUACGACACGUUCAAGUUAGUAGAUGACAUGCAUGGCACUUUCAUGACUGCUGUCCGACCCCCAACAAGUGACACAUUCGAGGCCCUGCGGCUGAAGAGUAGCACAGACGAAUUCUCAGCGGUGGCACUUCCCUCUCGCAUCAAGUCCCGAUCAUGCUUGAACAAGCCAUUCUGUGGAUUCAGGAUCGCUGUGAAGGACGUCCUGUUUCUGAAGGGAAUAAAAACUUCUCUUCAGUGUCGAGCAUUCUACGAUACGUACGGUCCGAAUACGGAAACGGCCAAGUGCGUCACGAAGCUCCAAGACGGCGGAGCCCACAUCUUAAGAACACUCAAAAUGAAUCCGAUUGGUCACUGGGUAGAACCAGUCGAGUAUGUCGAUUAUCAAGCUCCGUGGAAUCCUCGUGCAGAUGGAUAUCAAUCUUCGGAAGGCAGUAGCACAGGGCCAGCCGCAGCUCUCGCUGCCUACGACUGGCUUGACUUCACCAUUGGACCAGAUAGGAAUGUCAUGAGACCAGCGCUCUGGUGUGGCCUGUUUGGUCUUCGACCCACAACCGGCUCAGUCCCUCUUGAAGGGAUGAGACGAAGUAUACGCUUCAUGGACACACCCGGUGUGUACGGAAGAGACUUAGGGAAAAUGAAGUCAUUCUACCAAUCUUGUGGGCGCCCUUUAUCUGAUCUGACGACAAGAAAGCCAUUUACGUCGGUCGUAUGGGCUACCGAUAUCUGGGAAAGUGUGGACCAAAAUCAGCGCGACUUGGCCAAAGGAUUUUUCGAGCUGCUGAAGUCGCAGACGGGUCUCAGCUCAAGCGAGAUAUCCUUUGUUCAAAAGUGGGCCGAAGACCCUCCCAAAGAAGCACUAGGGCAAUCGCUCGACGACUACAUGGUCAAGGCUAUACGAGAUUUGGCUUACCAGCCUGGAAAGAAUAUGCAGCAAUUCCGUCAGGAUUACUACAAAGAAAUUUGGAACACAGCCUUACCUGAGUCCUCCUGUCCAGCGGAACUUGUAGUUUCCAGUGACAAUAUUUCCGACGUAACAGAAAGUGAUUUCAAUGAAGCUAUGGAGCACAUGAGGGUCUAUCAAAACUGGUUUCACGCCAAAAUAUGGCAGUCAGAGACCUCGCAUCCCCUCAUACUGCUUCCGAUCGAGAACAUGACGCCGAGGUAUAGAGACGAAUUUCCGAACUUCCGACGACCACCCCCAGGAGUCAAUAGUAUCUUUUUGUCCCCUGUCCUCGGCGCCCCGGAGCUGCUUGUUCCAAUUGACGAGAUACCUUAUCAAUCAAGAGUGACUAGACAAGAAGAAAAGCUACCAUUCGUCAUUGGGCUCAUGUCUCUGCCCGGGACUGAUCUUCUGUUGCUGGAAGAGGUUCAUCGAAUCCUCACCAAAUCUGAAAAGUAUCAUGCACAAGUGUAUACGGGAACGAACAUGUUUUCCAAAAGCAAUACCUGACGCCGUAGUGAUGUCCUUGGCGGCUACGGCGACGUCGCCGGUGUGUCAGGACCGAGCCAGUCGAGGCGACAAGCGAGUCACGCCCUGCUAUUAUGCGGAUAGUAAGCCAAGGCCUUUGACUUU